CCGACUCCCUCAGGAUAUUUUUAGCGCUGAUGAUGUGCCCUGUCAAAUCACGUAACGGAAACAACCUCAGAGCUGAAAAGCAGAGCUGCAGUGGAGAGCCCGCUCGGUCCGUUUGGUUUUAUUGUGAUCUGCAGGAGGGAAGGCCGCGGAUGAGAUGAGAUUUGAAAUUAAUUUGGUGUUUGUCGUCCUGGUGGUCCUUACCGGCUCAUCGCAGGCAAGAGACGUUUCUUUUCCAGGUCAGAGCAGUGCUUUGCCUCCUGACCUAACCCCGGCUGCCCUCCCGAGUCAUGCCGGCACCUCAGCAUCUCCUGACCUGACAGAGGAUCCUGGGAAUGAGGUCCCAAAGUGGACACAUAAUCCUGCAGGCCGGGGCGAAACCUCAACUGAAACCUCAACCACUGCCAAGACCGGAGGAACAGUCAGUUCAGAGACUGCGACAAAUGCAGUGUUUCAAACCCACUUGUUGAGCACAGUUUCUGCAGCGACGACAUCUCAACACACAGACGCACCUGUCGUUACGACCGCUCACUCUGGUACAGCCUCUUCUUCAGCUGCUGCAGACAUACUUUCAUCUACACCAGCUCUACAGAGCACCACCCCUCUACGUCACAGCUCAACCGCUGAAAGCAGAACGCCCCUGACCAGUGAACCCCCCACCACCUCUUCAUCUCAGUCAGCCCACACACUGCAGGAUACAAGCUCCACAGACCACGCCUCCACCACCCAGCUACAGUCUGAAUCACGAAGCGCAGGCCACACUCCAACCUCAGCUCCAGGCCGGGGCCCUGCUGGACCAACGCACCAGGAGGUCCCAUCUGAACUUAAUGUAGGAGAUGAAGACCUCAAGAAGCCCCAAAGCCGCUCGAGCUCCCCUUUAGACCCCUUGCUGGCUGGUCUGCUGUCAGUGUUCAUUGUCACCACUGCCAUCAUCUUUGUCGUCCUCUUCCUCAAGUUCCGCCAGAGGACAAACCACCCAGAAUUUCAUCGGCUGCAGGAUCUCCCCAUGGACGAUUUGAUGGAGGACACGCCGCUCUCCAGAUACACCUACUGAUGGAAGCGUCCUCUCAGGCAUUUCAACCACUCAGAGGUAACAGAAGCGAAGCAGACACCAAAGGAAGACCAGUGUGGGUGUGAGCAAAGCCUUUGCCCGAUGCAGCUGCAUCUCUGCUGAUGAGUUUCCCCCUUGUGACUGAGCGUUUUUGGGUCAGUGAUAAAAAUGUUUAUCUGUCGCUCCAUGAGAAGGAUUCUUAAAGAACAUGAGAGCCUUUUAAAAAAGAGGUUUUUGUAUAACUUCAACUUUUUUCCACAUUCCCUUUAAAGUUAAGGAGAUCUUCAGUCGGGCGGGAACCUUGUGUUUUCUUUGUAUCCCUGACGUGACUCCUUAUGUACGCACAGCACUUUAAUGUGGCACAAAUGGCCACAAUGCCCUCUAGGGGUCAUAUGAGGUAAUGUGGAUCAAGGUUGGAUGAAGUCCUCCAAUGUAAAUUAAUUGAUAACCUCAGGUAAUCCAGCGAGAGAUAAAAGAGUGAGAGACAAAGACAGAAUGAGGAUAUAAAGUGCUUUGAGACACAUGAGAAAGUUGCCGACACGCCCUAAAAGAUUAUGGAAUAUAAAAUAUAAUCCCUUAAGCGACCAAAUAUUAGUGAAGUGCACUUUCAAACCAAAUUGCCAGGUUGCACGUGUUGUCUUAAAGCCGUGAUAGCAAGUGAUUUUACAAUUCAAAAGCCAUAUCUAUGGAAAAACAGACCGGUUCUCUUACAGUAUAAAUCUGUUAUCAUUCAAUGGUUCAAAUUUAUUAACCAAUUUACCCCAAAUUAUAUGUGGCAAAUAUUUAUUGUUGCAGCCUUUAAUGUGUAGUUUAUACGUGUUAUGGAGCUUGCUGUCAUCAUAGUCUGAUGCUGGUUUAUAAAACUUGAAUUUGGUUCCUCUGUUCUUUAUAAUGAAUAUUUAAUCCACCAAUACACACUGAGAAAACCCCACUAUACUAAAUAAUCACUUUAAUAUGAGUGAAUUGUAAAGGCAAAACAAACUACUAUCGUAAAAUGUGUUCACGUUUAUAGAGGAUGUAUCUGUUUGCGCACAUAGCAUUUGUUCAGAGGUGGAGCCAAGGAGAAGCAGCAUCAGGGAAGUUUGUUGCUACCUGUAUCUGUAUUAGUCGAUACAGUAUCACGCAAAUGUGCUGGGCUUAUUUGAUCUGAUUUUAGCUAUUGCUACUUUAAAGUGCCAACAGUGAUGUAUGAUAAAGUGCCAAUGAAAUGUAGACUGUAAGAAUUUGUUGAUAAAAGGAUUUCCUGUUUGAUAAUAAAAUAUAAACUGCUAUAAAGCCCCAAGCUGCAUGUGCUUCCAGGGUGGGAUGUUGUUUUGUAAUAAGCAAUGGUUAUGAGGGCCAGCAUUUAAGCAUUAUGCCGUGUCAUUGUAACAGGUAUGAAGGCCAGUUUCUGUUGUCAAAUAUGAUUAAGCUGUGCAAGUGUUUGAAGCUCAGCAGCUCUGCAGUUAGUGAAUCUGCCUGGACAAGUAAUGUGGACUUUGGACAAUUAUUCA